GACGGUCACGGGCGGAAAGCGCCGAAGUGGCGACGGUGGCAGGCAGCGGCGCGGCCCGAGUUUUUAAUACGAAACCGCCACCAAACCGCUUGCUUCCGGCCUAGUUUCACCUCCCCCGUUCCCUUGGAAUUGGAUUUGCUCCCGAAUCCGGCGAGGAAGGAAGCGCCCGGCACUCCACGCCACGCCACGCCACGCCGCCGGGGGAAGGGAGGCGCGGAGCGCUAGGCCUCGUCUCCAGCCCCGCCGCAGCCGGCACGAGCACGACGGUCACCAUCCCGCCACCGCGUGAUCCCGGGGGACGGACAGGUCAGAUUCAGCACAGUUUCUCAUAUUAAACUCCCCGACUUUGUCUGAGGAAGCAAGUUAAUUCAUUAUGAAAGACUGGUCUAUUUUCUCCAAACUUGAUCAUAACGGAGCUUACCUCCCGAAGUUCCCAAUAGACUCUCCAGUAUCUCAUGAUAUUGGGUUAGGAUUGAUAUCACAAGUUGGGAACUUAGUUGAGUGUUCAUUUCAACAUCCAAGGCAUAUAUGUGCUACGGGGAGUGGAGCAGUUCAGGAAGCAUUCAGCAGUUUCAACAAGUUUGCUGGAGCUUUCUAUUUCUGGUUUUCUAGAGCAUCGAAUCCUAAGUUAUUCCAAAGGCUAUCAGCUGCCGCAGGCUCAAGUUCAAGAGCUUGCCGGUCACACAUAAAGCAAGUGACCUCAUGCUUGCAGCAUUUACCUGGAUUGCAGUUUGGUUCACAAUUAAGAGAAGAGCACGCUGUACAGAUGCUUUUAGCGAGGCUUGCAAGCGCAACCUUUGGACGCCUGUGGACGGAGGUGGAGGAGCGACAUGCCUGCAACAUCCUUAUGCUGGCUGCUGCUACUGUAAUACCACCAUUUGAAAACAUAUCGCCAAAGAUGCUGGCUGAGUCAAUGGCACUAAGAAAAGAUGGUGGACACAUCCAAGAACCUGCUGAACAGUCUUAUUCAGAGGAAAACCGUCCAGGUUGUGCUUGUGUUGCUGUACCAAGAGUACUCUUACCAGAAGAUUUAACGGAACCAAAAACUGGCAUCAAGUUCCCCACUCUACUCGAAGACAAUUCCAAUCUGACUACAGAGGUCCUUGUUGGAAUGGGUUUCAGAAGCAUGCGAAUAAUGAGGGUCAAAAAUCUGAAUCUUUAUGCCUUUGGAUUAUAUAUACAACCUGAUUCUGUUUGCAAGAAGCUUGGUCCAAAGUACGCCUGUAUUCCAGAUGCUGAGUUGAAGGAUCACCCAGAUUUCUAUGAAGAUCUUCUGAGGGAAAAUAUUGAUAUGACUGUUAGGCUAGUAGUAAGCUACAAUGGCCUCAGCAUUGGCACAGUUCGAGAUGCAUUUGAGAAGUCUCUUGGCUUCCGGUUACAAAAGAUGAAUCCUAAUACUGAUUAUAAUUGCUUGAAGACAUUUGGUUCUUGUUUUAGUGAAGACAUUCGUAUACCUGCUGGUACAAAGAUAGACUUCCGGCAAACAUCUGAUGGCCAGCUAAUAACUGAAAUUGAUGGCAAACAAAUUGGCACUGUCCAGAGCAAGGAUCUUUGCAGAGCCUUCUUCGAUAUGUAUAUUGGUGACCCCCCUGUUUCAGUGGAGACCAAACAAGACAUUGCGCAAAAUGUGGCUGGACUCAUAAGAAGAUGCUAGGAAAACCAGAAACCUAGAUCGAAGAACGUGGAAUUAAUUCAUUCAUCUAUACAAGGAGAGGAGAUAUAAAUAGAAAGGAAGCCAGGAGAGGACCUAUUGUAUUUAUAGUGGUAGACAGUCAGUUUGUAAGCUAUAAACAGGCAAAAAGUUUCAACAAACAGAGGCCUAGCAUCCUUGGCAAAUGCCUCCAUGCUUUUCAUGUGGUUUGGCAUCUUGCCAUUUCCUGGCCGGCUGGCGCACUGUGUCAUGUACAAAUAAAUGAUACAUACAGUAACAAGUUGUACAACAAGAGGAUGUUUCUCUACCCCAAGUCAAAAAUGACGGGGUUCAGCUUUGCUCCUACAGAUGGAUGGUUAUCCUUUUUUUUAAUGACGGAGUAUUUGACAAA